AUGGCAUCUUUCAAAGUAAAGCCGGAGCACACUGGACCUCCCGAAUUAUACUACAAUGAAACAGAAGCAGCGAAAUAUGCAUCGAAUUCUCACAUCACUGCGAUUCAACACGAAAUGGCAGAGAGAGCUCUGGAAUUGUUGGCUCUUCCAGAAGGGAAAACUGGAUUUCUGUUAGAUAUUGGAUGCGGUACUGGAAUGAGCUCCGAAGUGAUAUUGGACGCCGGACACAUGUUCGUGGGAGUAGAUGUUUCCAGACCUAUGCUCGAAAUCGCACGCCAAGACGAAGAUCUUGAAUCUGGAGACUUUGUUCAUCAAGAUAUGGGUCUCGGAAUGCCAUUUAGACCGGGAAGUUUCGAUGGAGCUAUCAGGUUCCUUUAUGCCCUGGACACCCAUUUUAUAAAAGUUCCCUUCAGCAUUUCGGCGAUUCAAUGGUUGUGCCACGCGAACGCUUCUGACGAGAAUCCUCGUAAACGUCUCUUGUUCUUCUUCCAAUCACUUUACGGAUGCCUAGGACGCGGAUCUCGAGCCGUCUUCCAAUUCUACCCGGAGAAUGAUGAGCAGUGCGAUCUCAUUAUGGGUCAGGCACAUAAGGCAGGAUUCAACGGUGGACUUGUGGUUGACUUCCCGGAAGCUGCGAAACGGAAAAAGAUUUAUUUGGUUUUGAUGACUGGAGGAGUGGUUCAAUUGCCACAAGGAUUGACUGAAGACGGAGAAGAGGGAAGAACUCAGAUUGACAAUGCUGGCAGAAGAUUCGUCUGGAAUUCGCGUAAAAACGAGAAAGUUGCAAAGGGCUCCAAAGCUUGGAUCGAAGCCAAACGACAGCGACAGAUUAAACAAGGACGCGAUGUCAAACAUGAAUCCAAAUAUUCUGGAAGAAAGAGAAAGGCCAAAUUCUGA